CUUUCUCUUUUAUAUAUAAAUGAUCAACCUUCUUAAAACCGGAAAACGGGUUGAAGAAACAAAGAGAUAAAAGCGCCUUGCUUCCCGCCAUUGUUGCCGCUUCAUAUUUCCUAUGUUUUACCCACUUUUUGUUUACUAUAGUAUUAGAUUUUUUUCAUACUAAUAUUUGAUUAGAAACUAUAAAGAAUUUUACGCCCCCACAAGCAAAUUGUAAAAAAUAAAAAAUAAAAUGGAUGGGCUUUGUUUGAAAACAGGGAUUCAUGGCAUGCCACCUGCGAUCUCGGUGACCAGGCCAUUGGAAAAUAGGACCAACGCCGCGCAAGUGAGUGCGGUGUUGCGGUCUUUGGUGGCGGAUAAUAAUAGUAAUAACAACAACAAUAAUAAAUCGACGUCGUCGUCGUCCGGGGCGGUUGUUUCGCCGCAGAAGAAGGUGUUUUCCAGGUUAUCGUGUCGGUACACAUUGAAAUCAUUGUGGCCUUCCGGAAGUGGAGGUAGGAAGUACGCGAGGUACAGCGGGACGGCUGUCGAAGAUACGGUUUUAUUGGAGAAGGGUAACGGAGAGGAGAUGAAAGUGAACGGCGGAGAAAUGAACGGAACGUUGGAAGGGCGGAACGGGAAUUGGGUCAUGAAGAUCUUGGACGUGAAGUCAUUGUGGAAGGAAGACGCUGGUAAAGAAGGGGAAGAAGCCGAAGAAGGAAACAAUGAAAACGGCGAGGAACGAAUGUGUGAAUGCUGCAGAACCUGUGAUGAUGAAAAUGAAAUAAAGGAAAUCGAUAAACAUUCGUUUUCCACGAUGCUCAAAAGGGUGUCGUUAGCUGAUGCUAAGCUGUACGCUCAAAUGUCUUACCUUGGAUGCUUGGCUUAUGUCAUUCCAAGGAUUAAGCCUGAGAAUCUCUUAAAACAUCACGGUUUGCAUUUUGUGACUUCGUCAAUGGAGAAGAGAGAAUCAGCAAUGAAUGUUGAGAAAAAUCAUGAGGUAUCCUCUGAAAAUCAAGAGGUGCAAAGGAAUAACGAGGAUGAUAUGUACGGCGAUGAGAAGAAAAAUAUCGGGUAUCGGAUCAGUGCUUCUGCUACUUAUCAGAUAGCUGCCUCUGCUGCUUCUUAUUUGCAGUCCCAUACAAGGACCAUGCUUCCUUUCAAAUCGUCGAAUCCUGAAAGCAUCAAGGAUUCAUCCAAAGAUGGAAAUGGAAGUGAGAGUGGUUCCGAUAUGAUAAACUCUGACAUGGCCUCUUUAAUGGCAACUACAGACUCCGUGACGGCCGUGGUUGCUGCCAAGGAAGAAGUGAAGCAAGCUGUUGCUGAUGAUUUGAACUCUACGCAUUCAUCGCCUUGUGAGUGGUUUAUCUGUGAUGAUGAUCAGAGUGGUACUAGAUUCUUUGUAAUUCAGGGAUCUGAGUCAUUAGCAUCUUGGCAGGCGAAUCUACUUUUCGAGCCUAUCAAGUUUGAGGGACUGGAUGUUCUUGUCCAUAGAGGUAUAUAUGAGAUUGCUAAAGGCAUGUACGAGGGAAUGCUCCCUGAUGUCCGUUCCCACUUAAAAUCACAUGGAAAACGUGCAACUUUCCGCUUCACUGGGCAUUCUCUCGGUGGCAGCUUGUCGCUAUUGGUAAAUCUUAUGUUGUUGAUACGAGGUGAAGUGCCGGCUUCUUCCUUACUUCCCGUUAUAAUGUUUGGAUCUCCAAGCAUCAUGUGUGGGGGUGACCGUCUUCUUCGCCAACUCAGGUUGCCACGAAGUCAUGUUCAAGCAAUUACGAUGCACAGAGACAUUGUUCCUCGAGCCUUCUCUUGCAAUUUUCCUAGCCGUGUUUUAGAGCUUUUAAAGGCUCUUAGUGGGAAGUUUCGACACCAUCCUUGUCUCAAUAAUCAGAAUCUAUUGUAUGCACCAAUGGGGCAACUUCUGAUUUUACAACCAGAUGAGAAAUUCUCUCCUCCUCAUCAUCUCCUUCCUUCGGGAAUCGGUCUAUAUUUCCUAACCUCUCCAUUCUCAAACGAAGACAGUGAAGAGAAGUUGCUCCGGGCUGCACAGAGAAUUUUCUUUAACUCGCCACAUCCACUUGACAUCUUAAGUGAUCGUAGUGCAUACGGUUCCGAAGGAACAAUCAUAAGAGAUCAUGACAUGAAAUCUUACUUGAAAUUCGUUCGAGAAGUCAUCCGUCAAGAGCAAAAUCGCAUCAGGAAGACCAAGAGAGAACAACGACGCAAGGACUGGUGGUCCCUGGUGUUAUCUCGAGGCGUCAGUGCGGGUAUCGUGCUCGGGAGGUCCAUCACGACAACUGGUCUACACCAAGGACAAUUCAACUUAGCCGUUGUUUUACAAACCGGGAGAGCGUCCUUGAAGCGGUUUGGUAAGCUAGUUGCAUCUAGGGACAUGCAUUUGCUGGUGAUCCUUUUGUUGCCUGCCAAACUGUUACUCUUGGGUGCAUACCAUGUGAUCAAUUUUCGUUGAGAACCAUAUAUUGUUUCUUAGGAGGGAGUAUUAUACAGGUGGAAUCACAUUGCCGUCGAUGAUUUUUUUAUUCAUUUUUUAUUUAGGAAAGGAAAUUUGAUAAAACUUAUGAAAAUUGUUUAUACUCUGUAUUAUGAGUAACACUAGUGUAAUGAUGUUUAUCGCCUCAUUGGAUCAUUGGUAGAAGUUAAUAUUUCAAUAAUGGCUACCUAAAGCUAACGAGAUUUUUCCGGAAA